AGUGGCGGUGUGAGAAAACAAAACAAAGACUCGGGCUAUUGGCGAGAUAUGCGCCGGUUCCGUCUUUGGUAACCUAACAAACUAUUCUAGUUCACUGGGUCAUCCACGGCUCUGAGACGUUUUCAGGUCUUUCGCAAAUUGAAAGAUAUCAGCGUAAGAGAGCUAACGUUAGCUUUCGCUUCGGCGUCGGCUACCACCUGGAGAGGACUGUGUUCCCCAAGAACGCCCUCGAGUGGACGGACGAGUGUAUGGGUUCGCGGUGUGGUUCAAAGUUCAGGAUCGCCCCAGAAUAGGAGAUACAUAACGGGCUACAUGUGCACUCACACUAGUCGGUCCCGCAGGCAAUGGCGGAGAGUGUUAAAUUAUAGUUUCGUAAUGGAUUGAAUCCAGGCAGGUCCCAGUGGUGGGUUGUCUGAGGUCCAUUUACGCGGGCACAGCGUUGAGGAGAGCCCAGAGAUGUCAAGUCUUGCAACCCUUGUCUAGCUUUCCCUUUACGUCCAUGUAAUAAUCUGAAGAGAUGCACGUUGGAUGGUGAAUUGUUUCAGAGUGGAACCAAGUCAUUGGUGUCACUGCAAGUCACGCCAGAUGACUCAUUGUCAGACGUAUUAGCCAGCUAGCUACUUAUGAGUGAGCGCAUUAGCAAGUUAGCCUAGCUUAGCUGUUAAGCUGCGCUCCGUAUCUGCCGGUGGUGGAGACUAUUUGCUGGUAUGGAUCAGCUGGUAUAUAAUGGGACAUCGGGCGAAGACGACUCUUAUUUACUGUUUUAUAGAAGUGCACUUCAUUUGACGUCUGUCCCGUAAAUGAGGAGACUGGUCGAAGGGGGGGUAAAUGGGCCUAAAGAUCCCAAGUGGGCUAAAUAUGGGUCACACGUUCACAUGGUUUGCUGUUCCCUUCAAGCGUCUAAUCCAUCGUUGGGAGUGCCAUUCAAAGUAGUAUUCACGUCCGUCGCUAUGUUUGUCGUUUCCUAUCGGACUAUUGCUGUAUGCAGCGCUACAAUGAUCGAUGUGACAGGUGUCCCUUUUAAACAGGCCACAUCUACUUAAACAGCGAGUUGACUACCAUGCUUCUUAUACAAAACAAAACAAACACCGUGUUUGUUUAACACUCAUAGUUUAUGUCGACUGAUGCAUUCAAACAAGUGUCGUAGUACUGUGGAAAAGAUACAUGUACAAUAGAAACGUCUUAUAUUCGGCUGCAGUUGUUGUUGUGGUGUGCACUUAUUUAGCUAAUCAGGCACAGCUAGCUUUUGCUCUGACCAUUGACAAGAUAUGUUUGUUUGGUUCUUCGACGAUUUCUCAGGAGUAUACAGUUCUGUACUUUGUUAUGGAUGUUAUUGAUUGUGUCGGGGCACUAGUUUUAAUCUGUAUCUGUAUGGACUUUGGUUUGCUUAACUUUCACACAAUAUGACCAGGCUACAUCCUCUCUUGACAGAAAAGCCAGCCAUAGCGCCUCCUGUGUUUGUCUUCCAAAAAGAUAAAGCACUGAAGCGGUCAGCGGAUGGAUCGAGUGCGGAAGAUGGCGAGGAUUCCGACAAAGACGAAGGAACCUAUUGCCCCCCUGUGAAGAGGGAGAGAACGUCCUCUUUAACACAGCAGUUCCCUCCUUCACAUUCGGCGCCCAAGAACAAUGUAUUCAUGCCCUCGAGUUUCUGCCAGUCUCCGACCGGAAACUCUGACUCUGAGCCAGAGGAGAAGCCUGUGGGGUUCCGCCUGAAGCCGCCCACUCUUAUACACGGACAGGCACCCAGCUCAGGCCUCCCCAGUCAGAAGCCCAAGGAGCUGCAGCGGAGUGUCCUCCGCCCUGCAGUGCUCCAAGCCCCGCCCGCCAAAACUCACAUGGAGACCAACUCCAGCUGUGGGACCAACGGCGUCAAGAAGUCUUCAGACGAGGCGGCCGAGACACCUUCCCUCUUCAUCAACAACACAGAGCAUGCCGCCAGCCCGGCCAUGUCGCCGCAACACGAACACGAAGAGGACGCGGCGAGCCCAGACAAAGAAGGAAACGGAGGAGAGAUGAAUGACACGGACGUUGCGUCGUCUUUCGUUUUCGGUCAGAAUAUCAAGGACAGAGCAAAGUUGGAGGAGAACAGUACGGAAGACAACAAGUCCUCGCCACAGGAGUUGGAGGGCACCAAUUAUUUCCUACAGUACAUCUCUACCCCAAGCUCAAAAAAUGCUACAAACAACGCAGACUCCGGGGCAAAGUUCGUCUUCGGACAGAACAUGUCGGAACGCGUGCUGAGUCCACCAAAGGGGGCGUCGGCCACAGAGGAGAACAAUGUUAUGACUUUGGGUCCCCCAGCAUCGGAACCCGUUCCACAGGAGGUCGCGACCCCAGAGAAGGAGUCUUUGGAGGAGUCCGCUGCAGCCUACACCAAAGCAACAGCCAAGAAGUGCAUCUUAGAGAAGGUAGACGUGAAGACCGGCGAGGAGGCGGAGAGCAACGUUCUCCAGAUCCAAUGCAAGUUGUUUGUGUUUGAGAAGACGGCCCAGUCCUGGAUCGAGCGGGGGCGGGGCCUGCUGCGGCUCAACGACAUGGCGUCCACGGACGACGGCUCGCUACAGUCCCGCCUAGUGAUGAGGACCCAGGGCAGCUUACGGCUGAUCCUCAACACCAAGCUCUGGCCCCAGAUGCAGGUGGACAAGGCCAGUGAGAAGAGCGUGCGGAUCACUGCCAUGGACACCGAGGACCAGGGGGUCAAGGUCUUCCUAAUAACGGCCAGCUCUAAGGACACGGGGCAGCUGGCGGCCGCGCUUCACCACCGCAUCCUGGCCCUCAAGAGCCGGGCGGACCAGGAGCCCGAGGCCCCUGCCACGGCCGUCCCAGAGGCCGAGGUCUCCCAGUCCAACGAGGAGGACAGCGACGAGGACCAGGUGGCCAGCUCCGCCACAGGGAACUCAGAGGGGGGCGAAAACCAGGCGGCAGGAGGCACAUAGCGUCAUCCCCCCCUCCCCUUGGGACUGCCUCCUUUGGAUGCUUCUGCUGUUGGAGGCAUUUUGCUGUAGGCAUCUCUCCAUGGACACCCGUUGACCAACAUGGGUCCUCCAGACCAGUUCCUCUGGAUAUUUAGAAGUCUAGCUCCAGGAAUUACACCCACC